GUUUGAUAUCUCGGUUCUCGGGACAGUGAUGAUUGUUUCCGCUAAAUUCUUUCGUUUCAUGCAAAAACGUCGAAUAAGUCUAAUUUUGUUGAUUUCUGAGAUGCUGUAGUUAAACUGUGUCAUUUGUUGGUUAUAAUGUUCUUAACGAAACGAAAUAUAAAAUUCGAAAAUUGUUUUAACCUUAUUUUGCUAGUUAUUGAACUUGCGGAUACAUUUUUUCAAUUUCGCUAAUAUAGUUUAUUAAAGUGUAGGACAUUUUUAUCGAGUUAAGUGUUUCCUGAUUUUAUCCUCUUCAUAAAAUCUCGGUGAAAUGGCAGAAAAAAUGGAAAACAUCAGUCAUGAUUCUAACGUGGAUGAAAAGUACAGAGUAUACGCGAGCGUGUCAUUCGCUGUAUUACUCCUAGGGAUCGGCGUGCCUCUCUGGUGGCACACUACAACAGUGCCCCGUGUUACACUUCCCUAUACAGGAAUUGAUGAAUUAUCGAAACUGGAUAUCAGAAUCACUACAAAGAUUACUGUUGCAGCACUCUCACACAAUCGCGCCGAGUCGCUCGCACGUGAGAUCAGACGUACGUUCGAAAACGCUGAAAUAUAUCAGUUAAACGUAGAAUAUCAGAUAGUUUCCAAUAAUCUUUUGGCGUCCGUUUUCACAUACCACGAGCUCGAAAAGGUGGCUUCAACUUUCGAUUUGGAUGUGGGUGGUUUACUACUCCUCGAAGCGACAAAUUUGAACGACGCUGUUUUGGUUGGUUCAAAGAGAACGCUAUAUUUCUCCACCGAAACUAGUAUAUCUACAUUAAUACAAGUAUUGUCAGAAUGGAUUCUGCGUGAUAAGUCAUUGGCGCUGACAAAAAAUGCGCUCGCGGAGCCUACCAUGUAUAGCUUAGAUGAGGAGAAUAGAAGACGAUUUCCAGCCAGUCUAGCAUAUGAUGUUCUAGUCACCUUGGUUAAUCCUGAUCCUGAUAAGCUGAAAAUUGUUUGGGACCUUAAGACUAUAACUGAAGAUUACAUGCAACCGUUUCUAGAUGAGCUGUCCAUCUUGAGUAACUUUUCAAUCAAAUCGCAGUGGCUGUAUUUAUUACCAUUAGAUAUGAAUCCCAGACGUGUACCCGACAGCAGCCCAAGCCGCAAGCAUUUUGCCUUGCGCGAGAGUGUCCUGCCACAACUUGUAACACCGUUGGAAAAAAAAUUAGCAUCGCAGGUUAGUCUCCAUCCAUGUAUCAAUUUAGUCAUUUAUAUGGUACCAUGUGACAAUGCGCCUUUACAUAUCUACACCCGCAGCGGGCAUAGAUCGCGAACAGAUAGCAACGUGGAAGCCUUUCUCUCUCCGAGAUGGGGUGGCGUGAUUUUUAUUAAUCCAUCAUCAGAGGUUUGUGAGAGCGCACGAGAGGAUGAAGCCGUUACUGUUGUUCCCGAAGAAACUGUUAUAGUAGGUACAUUCUUGGCACAACUCAGACUACUGCUAGGCAUUCCAGAAAUGAAAUCUAUUAACGGAGUGACGGCGGUGCCAUUGGUGGGAUUAAAAUCACGUGAUUGGGAAAUUGAUUCCUUAUUGAGAUAUCGCACUGUUGAGCAGUUAACUUCGGCCAAAUUAACUCUACAGUCACUGGCCCGAUUACUCAAAGAAAUUAGCAAUAUUGUAAUCACGGAUGUAGUAGGAAACAGAAUCAAGACUGCUCUUGAGCUAGUGCAUGAAUCUGCUGAGCAUCUGCGACGAGGCGAUCUUAAACGUAGUUUCAUCCUGAGCAAAGAAGCUUUUAUUAUCUCUGAGGCGGCUUUUUCCGACCCAACACUCUUGGCACUUCUUUACUUUCCAGAGGAUCAAAAGUACGCCGUGUACAUUCCCCUAUUUCUGCCGGCUAUGAUACCAGUGUUAUUAUCUCUUAAGAAUAUACGAAGGUACUAUUUCCCUGGAAAGGAUAACACAGAAAAAAAGGUCGAUCUUAGAGAAAGUAAAAAUGACGAGGACAAUAGACCAAAAGCUGAAUAAAUCACUUAUUCAACCGAUAAUAUAUUACAUGUAGACGCUCGUGCGAUUGCCCGUUCGAAAUCGUUUCGAUCAAAAGGUAAUGUAUAACAAUAAACGUAUUUCGAGUAUCUUUAAUUCACUCCGAUGGAAUCACAUAAUCUUAACGAUUAUUAAAUAUGAACAUAAGAAUUUUUACUCACUGUUGCAUAUGACAGAUAACAUAUUAAUAUCUGGUUCAAAAAAGAUGCUGAAAGACAAUGCUUGAGAAACGGUAAUAGCUUUGUUUUAUUCCGAAAAGAAAAAUGUUUAACCCUCCGUGAACCAGAUGGAAAAUCAACAUGGAUCAAAUGUGGGUAUAUCUCAUAUCCCAUGCUAUACUUCAUUAUAAAUAUACUAUAAUUUAAUAUGAUUGGUAACAACGCACUCUCCAGUUGCACGAAAUCGGCAACACAUAUAAGCGGUACUUUUUAAGAAGUUAUAGAAAUUCUUGCUGGGGUAUGUCACAUCCCACCUAGUUCACGGAGGGUUAAUAAACGAUAUGUAUACGAGUGUAUGAUAUUCAUACAAAAGAAUAUAAUAAUCGAUUUUUUUCUGGAGCCUCCUUUCUUUUCUCAUUUGUUUCUUCAAACCACUGUGGAAGAAAACAGGUGAGACAACACAAAUAACGGCAAUUCAGAAUAAUCAGCUAGUAAAUCAAAUUUUGGUCCUAAAUAGUCACGCAA